AUGCUUUGGUCAUUCAAACCCGGUCACAGUUUAACGCCUCAAUCAGAAGCAAUUUUAGAAAUCAUCAAACAUAGUCUUUGUUCAUUUCACUUAGUCUGUCGAACCGUGCCCGAGUUUACACAAAUUUAUGAAAGAACUCACUUUGUUGAAAAUUUUAUUCCAUCUUUAAUGGCUUUGACAAAAAUUACUAGAUUCAUUGAAUUCGAAUGGUAA